AUGACCACAGCACCCACGUCAAGAGGCAGCUCUUCACACAUUCGAGGAGCACGUAGAGAUGACGCAGGAUCGUCUGGCUCGUCUGGCGAUGCGCCUUCGCCCGCUCUGCCUCAAACGCCAACAUCAGCACUGACUGCCACCUCGUCGCCCAUCUACUCUGCCAUGUCUCGCGCAUCAGAUCAUGCACCGCCAUCUUCCUCAUCUUCCAUCCCCACCAAUGCCAAUUCACCCCUCUUUCAACUCUUUCAAGCCGAUGAUCCCUUACUCGGUUUGGCCGCCUUUCCAGGAUCAGGGCGCAGCGCCUCCUCUCCAUACUCCUUUCAAGGCGAUGCGCAAGGGGUUGGUGCAGUCUCUCCUCUUCGUUUCCGCAGAGAUCAAAAGGGUUCGGGAGAUACCGCCGGCGAGAGCGAUUUGCACUCGGACUUGCCUGACGACGUCGAAGUCACCUCGGAGCCGGCAUCAGCAGGAGAUUAUCUAGGAUUGAGCGGCUCGCCCUCCCAAUGGGCUUCCACGUCCGCACGAGAUAUCAACGACAGACGAGGACGCAUGACCCUUUCAGUCCCUUUCUUGUCACCCGAUGCGCUAGAGGCCCCAUCGCCAUCUUCAGCCCGAAUGACGCCCAGCAGCGAGCCCCCCUCCAGCACACGGUACGGCAAUGAUCAGCAGGUUAGUGCUGGCUAUACCGCCAGCGCAUCCGAGUACAGUCAGCGCAGUGCUACGACGUCCGGCAUGCUCAGCUCAGACUCUCGAAGCACCAUGAGUGCGUUUCCAGUGGAUGUUGGGGAGAGCGACAGCGAGUGGGGAGAGGAAGAUGAGGAGCGAUCAGGCACUGCUGCAACGAGUGUCUCGGGACACCAUGCGCAGGAUUCGACCAUCAAGAGUAGUCUGAAGAAGAUGGCAUCAUUGCGACGCGGGCCUUCGAGAAGGGGCUCAAAGGGCGGCAAUCCGCUCUUGAGCUCCCUUGCGGCUAUGAGGAGGGAUGUGGAUGAUAGGCCGCUCAAAUCUUCGGCCAAUGAUGAAAAGGAUUCCUCCAGUCGGCCACUCCGAAAGCAGAUGGACCCUUUGCCGCCCGGUCCAGCUCAUCUGGACGUUGCUAAAGCUUCACAACCCGGAUCAUCCUCCAACUCUGAUGCAGCUUCAGGGCUUGCCUCACUUUCAAAUUGGUCGGUCUUCACCCACCGCGCCAGCCAAGGCCCGAGUCCCUCGCCAAGUGCUCCUGGCUUUGACCACAGAGCACAUACUCUUCGCCAAUUGCAGAAGCAAGAUAACGAGGAACGAGCGCGAGCUCAAGCAAAAGGCCAGGGGAUGGGUCAGUGGAGAAUGUGGGGAAACGGUAAUGUGGGCGGAAAUGCUAGGCUUGCACCACCCUCGACGUCAGGUGGUGCCAGCUCGCCUCAGUAUGCCUUCGGUGCUGGCAGACCUCAGCCGGCAGAUGUGCCUACCAGUGCGAACGUCGUGCCCACACCUGCACUCAACGCCUCCAACCCCUUGUUUCAGCACAUGCUUGCUGCAGGCGGACCAAGCCGCAAUGCUGCCAGUACCAGCACAGCCCAGCGUUUAGACGACGCCUCGCUUCCCAUCUUGGCUCCAGGUGCCUCAAUAGAAAUCGCCAAGAAUCAGGCGCCAGUGCCCGCUUCGGCCAUUCCAUCAUCUGCAGGUGGUCAGAGUACUGCCAAUGCGUCAAGCAGCGCACCGACGCCGAAAAGUGCUGGCUUGCGUCAGCAUGUAGCGCGCACUGCUCGAGCUCUUCCGCCUCGAUCUCCGGUUGGGACGAUGCACAACAGAGGAGCUUCUCAGAGCUCCAGCGGCUCUGGUCACCGGGUACGCAGCGCAAAGAGUUCGCCAAUCGCUCCUGAUCCGCCCACGAAGUCGCCUGAGAGUCACACUGACAAGGUCAGCAGCACGAGGGGCACAGAGGAUGCGUGGGCUGACGAGUCUGGCCAACUCAGCGAACAGCGUCGUUCGCGCUCUUUGAAAGAUCUCGAGACUCCUCGCGCGCCUCCGAUCCAGAACGAGCAGCCGCAGGCGCUGUCUGAAGAGGCUCUACCUCAGGCCAAAGCAGCAGCCGAACGCAACCGCCUGGUGUCGUGGGAGUCGCGAGCUUUGGCAUCUCAUGCUGCUCAGAACGGUCCAGAGGUGGCAAACGGUCGAGCGGGUACCCCUCUCCGACGUCCCUUCGUCGCCGGCCAUUCCCGUCAAAAUAGCUCUUCUGCCAGUGAGAACGACACCCUUGCUCACAUCAGGCCGGGCAGGCACACUCGACGACCGAGCGACAACAGGAACGCCUUUCACGAGGCGGCUCAUAGUCGCAGCAACAGCGAGAGCGAGGGCUCUGUCGGUAGCUCUGCCCUACGGGAGCGACGAUUAAAGACACGCGCACAGAGGCUUGAGGAUGAGGGUCGACCUGUGCCUGAACAGCUCACAAAAGCGCUCGCUCACAUUUCUACUGAUCUGGCCAUACCCAAGCGCAGCAGAGCAAACACGGACGCCGAUGCUGCUGCUCGAGUCGCGAAAGCCAUGAAGGAAGGCGCGACUGUCCGCAAUAGCGAUCCACAGCCAACCGUGCGUGCUCUCAAGCCGCCGCCAGAGGUAGAGCAGCCCCCGCCGGCUGAGCGAGAAGCGGACGCUCCUCUCGGUAGGGAAGAGGUUCUUGCUUCCCCAGUCGCUAGCCGCCAGAGGCGGUCUCGUCACGGCGGAGAAGCACGACGUGGGCCGCCGGUAGCUUCUGACUCGGAAAGCGAGAGCGGUCGUCCAUCGCUCGACUCGACAAGAAGCGGAGCAAGUCGACCGAGCUUUGAGACUGCUUACUCCGCGGCUGGCUCGGACAGCGAGAGUGCGUCUCAAGGCGGUGACGCGAACUUUGAAGGCCCCAGGCAAGCUCCUCGCGUGCCGCCGCCACCUCGCGGCGCACAGCGACCUCAGCAAGGUCUGCGUAGCCUGGCAUUAGCUUCUUCGGCCAGCAGGCCUGCCAUGUCAAGCAGCAGCUCUCUGAGCUCCAUAGGCUCCAACGCGCCGACCAUCAACGUGCCACGGCGUCAGCACACAGCUCCGCGGGAUGCGCGUAGGGCUGAAACACCGGAUCUCAGUGGAAGCACCUCGGACUCGCAGAGCACCUACGAGGCAGAAGCAGCUCAAUUGAUCACCGUCACCCGGCGAUACCCAGCGCCUGGACCGGCUCCUACCGGCGCCAUUCCCUCUCCGCCGCGCAGACCACAAGCGUCUGGUCCCAGCCAGGCGGCUCCGACCCCGCCUCGGCCGCCUAUGGGCAGAGCGCACUCUAGUUCGGUCGGCUCAGCCGAUCGUCCGGCGCAGCGCCCUCUCAUACUGGCGUCGAGCUCCAGGGCGGCGACGGCGACUGAAGGCGUCAGCCACGCUCAGCAAGCCCAACGACCUGGUCUGCGCACUCUGACCGGUCCAGACUCUGCGUGGGCGUCCAACAGCUCCGAAAAUGUCGGAGCUGCUUCCAGACAACAUGCGCGGAUGAGGAAUGCGAGCGCACCUGGAUCGGACGUGGGUCCGAGGACAGAGAGCAUGGAAGAUCUGGCAGAGACCACCCGAGGUGGCGCAGCUGGGGGUGGCCACAGGUACUUUUCCAGCUCCACCUCUCGGGUUGCGCCGCGAGUGCCAUCUCAUUCGCGCGCUGGAUCUCAAGACAGUAACGGCACGGAAGCGAGCGGUAUUCGGGCUCCCAACAGCCCAACGGGAAGCAGCGCAGGCAGCGGAGCAGGCAGAUAUCUGGGUGUUCAGCAAGCAAAUUGGGCUGGGUACAAGCAUGCCAAUGCGAGUGCGGAUAGCGCAGUGUCUAGUCUCCGACUUGCCGGUGUAAGUGCUGGAGGAUUUGCUGGGGGCAGCUCUUUACCAUACAAUAGACCUGGCACGGCCAACAGCGAUUCGAGAAGCAGCACGACCAAUUCGUCGCGCUUCCCGUCCGGCAUCACUUCGAAUGGAGGUCGAGAUUCGGAAAGUCCUGACAGCCAAGGACUGGUCUACGAAGGUCUUCAACGGGCUCAUCGAGACUCUAAUCCUUCUAGUCCUGCUGUCUCCACCGGCUCUCGCGGCACGCUUUUCGGUGUCUCGAUGCGGCUGAAGGAGGAAGACAUUGACCUGGUCGAGGAGCUUCCAGUCAUCACCGAGCAGACGUCCCUAUUCGGUAUCAGGAGAAGGCUCGUAGCUACCUUUCCCAAUCUAGGCAAAUCCAGCGCUCUGCGUCCUCUGAGCUCUAGAAAAGCGGAAUUCGAUGCGACGGAGAGACCAGGCUGGAGCGUGCUCGUGGGCGGCGAAAAAGAGAUGCGAAAGAGGGAGGAGCAACUCGAAGCGAGAGAAAAGGAACUCGCGAUAGAAGCCAUCUGCAAGGAUGAGAUCGCUGCUGUAACGAUCGAGGUGUGGACAGAGCAACGAAAUGGUCGUUGGACUGUACGAGGUGCUGCAAGGCAUGACGGUGAGUCAGGAAUGGGGGGGGGGCACUUACCUGCGCAAAAUCCAGUUCACUAACACCUUUCACAAUCACGAGCGCAGCCAUCCGAGAAGAUCAUUUGCCCGAAAUUGCUGAUCCUUGGGCGAUCCCGAUUGACGCGAAAGGCAUCGUGAGGCGCAAGAAGCUGAAGAGCAACAUUGAGAUGGUGAGCAAAAGAUAAUGAAGCGGUCCACACCGAUCAUGGUCUCGUGCUCAUGGCUCUUUUCGCUCGCUUCACAACCAGAGCUCGACGCGCACAGUCAUGCGCUGUACGGAGUGCAUGGAAGCGCGUGCACGAGGCAUGAGCAUUAGGUGUCACACUUGCAAAGAUACUGGCAACGUCGAGUGGGUGUACGUUAUCCAAUGCAUCGUACGCCUCGCAUCCUUCACACCCCUCAAGCUGCCAGCGCAUCACAUUAUGGGUACUCGCCAACCCGGCGUCAAGUAUCUGGACGCUGGAGAUCCUGCACAUCGAGAGGCUGUGCUUCGCGAUCGAGCCAUAGAUGGACUGCAAGCUGCUGCGCAGCGCGUCGGUAGGCAACACUUUGCAAAUUAUGCUGCUCGAUUGUUGAUGGGCAAGGCGACGAUCACGAGGCGCGGAGUGCUGACCGUUGCAGUGAGCAAUCUCAAGGGGAAGCACAGGCGCCACUUUGAAGUCGAAGAUGGAACGGAAGGCAAAGUGUCGGAGGUGCCAAUGUCGAAGAAGGAGACGCCACCUAGCGUUCCGCCGCCUGCCGAUCCGGCCUCGUACGGCUCCUUCAACGGCCUGGCGCCCCCUUCUAAUUUUUCCGACGCUGGCAGCAUGGUCGACUUUGGCGUUGCCACGGUGCCUGCUUCUCCUGCACCUACGGGCGGCAAGCGCUCGCUCAAUUCUCUCAGACCUCCCCUCUCGACAUUGGGACGAUCGGGCGGCGCAAGCUCGUCUUACGCUUCCAACGAUGCAAGCUCGAUGUACUCGGCCGCUACUUCUCGAAGGUCUCCCUCGCCUCAACCCGCCCCGUCGACGCGCACAACUGCACGCCUUCGAGGCUUGUUCCGGUGA